AUGCCUUGUAGUGCUCACACAUUAAAUUUGACUGUGAAUGAUUCUCUCAAAGCAAUUGAAGGUAUUCAAGAUAUAUUGGCUAAGUGCAGAUCCAUUGCCUCUAGAUUCAAAAAAAGCACAGUGGCAAUGUAUGUUUUAAAAGAGGAGCAAGCUAAUAGAAAUGAGCCUCCCUUAAAAAUAAUUCAAGAUGUCUCAAAUCGUUGGAACAGCACAUACUUAAUGUUAGAGAUACUACUAAAAAUUAAAGAUUCCUUGUUGGUUGCUAUCACAAAACUCGAUGAUCCUCCUACAUUUAUAACCCAAGAAGAAAACAAGAUAAUAAUGGAUUUGUAUGAGACUUUAGAACCAUUCUAUGAUGCAACAGAACAGUUGUCUGGAGAUCAAUAUGUUUCAUCGAGUUUAAUAAUCUCUAUUAUUACAGAGGCAGUAGAACCAAGUGAACCAACAUCAUCUAUAUCUCCAAAUGAACCUGCAUCUAAUGAAAAUUAUUUGAAUGAUAAUACAGAAAAAUUAAAGUCAAGCCCAGCUGUUGCCAAGAAAAAAGCUUUUUAA